AUGCAAUCAAGCUCAUAUUUGUUACAGAACUGGGAGCGUCUGGUAUCUGCCCGAAUCACGGCAUGGCUCCAAGUGCUGCAAUCCAAGCACCGCAGAAUUUUGCAACAUUUGCUGGAGCAUCCAACCGCCUUUAUUCUCUGGCCGACCACGAUCCUCUUUGUGCUGAGCUAUCCGACGCUCUACUCGCUAUAUGCGUCCACAUCGAGCGUUUUUCCAACAUCUCUUAGCGACACCAGCUACGUUAAGACGGUUGAUAUUCAUCUCGCUGACAGCCCGCUGGUCGAGCCUGACUUCUACAUGAAAAGCGUGUGGAUCCAGCCGAACCUAGAUUGCGAAAAUAGCACGUUGCCUGGCGUGAUGGAAGACACCGCGAAAAGGAAGUCUCAGCGAGCUCUAAAUAAGGAAUUUUUGCUGGAUGUCUUGCAUUUACAGCAAGAAUUACUGCAUGACCUAGAGUCAGGAGACAAUUUAUUGGAAAAUGGAUCGAUACACAUCCACUCGCCUCUUGAAUACUGGCAUAAUAACGAAACGUUGCUGCGCAGCGACAAAAAUGUGCUAAAAACGAUUCAUCUGAUGGAGUCUCAAAAAGCUAAUUGGAGGGUCCCUCUAUCGCAAUUUCGGCUGCUUUCAGGAAUCAGCAAAGUGGAUGGAAUAGUGAAGAGCGCUGACUCGUUGCAGCUGUGCAUCAUUUACCCGACCCAGGUCUCACGCCAUUUUGAGCAAAUUUGGGAGGAAAAUUUGCAGACGGCUAGACUAAACAACAAGUUCCAAAUCUUUGAGGCAGAGAAUGCUGGAAAAAUCAACUUUGAGCUCACCUACAAAAGAUGUAAUUUUCUGGAGAGUGCUCUGGUAGCUGCUGCUCCUAUGCUUGUGGCUGUCUAUGCUAUAAUAGCUCUAACCAAUAUUCACUCCAUCAAGUCGAGAACCGGCCUAUUGUGUGCAUAUAUUGUCCAGAUCACUUUAUCCAUACUGUCAAGUGCAACUUUGUCAACGUACUUUUAUAGGACUCUGGACCUUUCCCAGCUCCCGCUUUUGGUCACCCUGUCAAUCGUGCUCCUGGUGAGCAUAGAAAAUACUUUUCGACUGGUGGUCGCCACCUCGCGGACGUCCGAAGAGAUGUCUGUGAGCACGCGGAUUUGCAAAGCAGCGCUUUCCAGCCAUCCGUUGUCCACGACAAUAGUCCUCGCCGACAUCGCUCUGUUGGUCUUGGCGUUGCCCUUUCUCAGCGAGCUCGCAAGAAAGCACGUGCUUUUCACUUCGCUGGCCCUGGUGUUUGACCAUCUGUUGCACAUCACCUACUUCACGACAAUUGUGGGAAUAGACAUACGCCGACUUGAGCUGCAAGAUCUUUUGCAAAGGUCAAAUAAGCACGACGGUUCUCCGGAUCAGGAGAUGCAAAUGAGGCCGCUUGGUUCUGGCUCUAUUUUCUCUUCAGCUUUGCUCCACCCACAGAACAACAGAAACCAUGGGGUGUCGCUUUGGACAACUGCAAGACAGUACCUCUUCAAGGUGAAGCUUCCGCUAUUCAGGUCCUUGCGCUCAAGUGUUGCAGUCGCUCUGGUUGUAUUUUUACUGAUAUUCAAAUGGACCUGUGGCGUGAACUGCCACAUUCCCCAAACGUUCACGUCUAUACAGUCGGCUGCAAACGCUUCUGUGGAGGCUCUUCAAAGCAUGUCUUUGAAUUUUUUUCCCAAUAAAAAAGUGCUGGCAUCGGAGCUACUUCAGCUAUACUCAAGAAAUGCGAACACUCAGAAAAACCAGUUUAUCGUUUCCGUUUUAGAUCCCACAGUGGUUCUUGCGAAAGACGCUGUGCAACCUUUUGCGGAGCCGCGGCUUAUCGGCUUCGACCAGGGAAUGAUUUUCAAUUUUGACAUGCUAUACAUUUUGGAGUUUUUGAGUUGUUUGACGUUUGUGGUGUCCAGUGCGCCUCUCAUUCUCAAAUAUUUUCUGGCCAAGGACGGCAUCGACGUGUCUUCAGGGCUGGGAGGAACUUUGGAAACCGCUCCUGAAAACCAGCACACCACUUUCAACUCCAAAGAACUGGUAAACGGCCAUUUUUUGGACGUGGUGCGCAUAUCCACCUCUCCCUGUCCCUUCAUAGUUUCAGUGGGGAUGGACCACAAGAUUCUGGUUUGGUCUCCAAUGACAGUUCCUCUUCCCCCUCCUACCCAGCUGCCUCUCAGCGGAACUUUACUGCCUGUCACCAACGUGGUGAUGUCAAACACCGGCUCUCUAAUUACUGUGUUCAGCAAAUCUGGUGCGGUGAAGUGCUGGUCGCGGUUCACCAUGUCAUGGAUAUGGACAUGUCAGGUCGCUGAGCUGAUAAACGACACUCCGCUGGAGUCUUUUUUCAGAGCUCGAACCAGUCCGCAGCUAUCGCGCUCCAAAACUAAGACUGUCACGCGGAAAUCAAAGCUGGCCAAACAGGUGCACAUGGACGACAGCUCGUCUUCCGAUGACAGUUCUACGCCGCCUCUGCGUCCGACAGGUCGCGGAAGGACGUCUUUAAACCCGGCUUUUCUUGGUCAUGGACGGUCGCCGUCCGUGGAUUCAACGUUUGACCGGGGCAAGCAUUGUGGCUUCAAUGUGAAAAAAAACGAGGAGUUUGUGAUGGUGCUGAAAAACGGCGAUAUGGUGACUGUUAACUGCGCAGACGGGUCGAUGACCAGGACGAAUUUGACCCAGCUGAAAUUAGUAUGCUGCAGAAAAAUAGCCACACCUAGAGUUAACGACAGAAUCGUGGGAGUGCUAGACGACGGGUCUUUGGUGGUGGCCACGGCGAUCAACAACAAAUGGAAAGUGCGGUCUGUGAAGGUGCAGACAGAAAGCUACAAUUCAGGCAAGCGACUAAUCACACCAGCUAUGAUCUCCAGAACUUCGUCGAUGAACCAGAAGUCCCUCGAGUCGUUGCAAAAACUGCGUGCGAAUGUGGCCAUUGGAUCCCAGUCCGCGAUUGAGAUCGAGCAGCCUCCUGACACUCCGGAAAAGGAUUACUCCGGCGCAGUGAUCGAGCCGGUCCCAUUUGUUGGAAUGUUUGUGAGAGCAUGCGAUCUGACAGCGGAGCUAAUUGACGUGAACUCGGGCACUAUGCUGAAAUCUGUCAAUAUUGGCCAGUUCAAGCCCAACACCUUCAAAGUGUUCCAUGCAGAGCCGUCGCAUUGCCGAUUCUGUGGAUGUGCUUCCGUUAGCUCCUUUUCCAUAGCAUACACAGAGCUGGAAACUGACACACUUAUCGUGCACACCUUCUCCAUCGACAACAAGGCCAAAAACAGCAUCUGCAUGAGAGUCGAGAGAGACCCUCGCGAAACACGGUGUCUUGGUUUUGCGUCGGUGACAGAGCACCAGCACUGGUUGAGCAACGUGGAAGGCUGGUGUCCAACAGACCUGAAUCUUCUAAUUGGAGUGCGCAGAAAAUCGAACCCCGAGGACGACACGAAAAACAGUUUCGGCUACAGCUCAAACAGACGGCUCAUAGAGGGCGAGCGGCUGCGGAGUCGCAAAAGUAAGCGUGCUACGCCAGAAAAAAAAAUACACGAUAUUUGGGAAGGAUGGACCAUGACCGCUGCCGGUGAGGUGAAAUACUACGAAAUUCCGAGCGGGGCCAGCUCGGGACUUUUGAUCAGACGCAUAGGUCCUGUUCAGAAAUUUGGGCACAAGUCGAUUGUCGUUUCGUUUGGCAACAUCAUGAAGAUCCUGUACUUGGGUAACGACAACUUGAUCGAUAAUGGAGAAUCAGAGGGUGAACUGUCUGUUCCUUCUGUGCAGCCUCCCAACGCAUUAGGAUUCAUCAGCAGAAGACGCAGAAUGAAGCUGACGAAGUACGAACUAACACACUCGACAAAUUUCAGCGACGUUGACGAGGAGUGA